AUGCAUGAAGAGAUGCAAUCUCUGCAUGAGAACCACACAUAUGAUCUGGUGAACCUACCAAAAGGUAGAAGAGCACUCAAGAACAAAUGGGUGUAUCGACCGAAGACGGAAGAAAACAACUCUAAGCCCAGGUUUAAGGCAAGGCUAGUUGUGAAAGGUUUCAGUCAGAAGAAAGGAAUUGACUUUGAAGAGAUUUUCUCACCCGUAGUGAAGAUGUCAUCCAUACAGGUUGUACUCAGUUUGGCUGCAAGCCUGAAUCUCAAGAUCGAACAGCUAGAUGUGAAGACAGUUUUUCUUCACGGAGAUCUUGAAGAAGAAAUCUACAUGGAGUAG